AUGUCGCGAAAACGCAGUUUGAAUGACCGGGAGCUUGAUGAAUUUGCCCAAAUGGAUGAGGCUGAGUGGGACAAUUUCCUAAAGGACAAUUCGGAUGACGACCCCGACUAUGAAACGUCUAGUGAGCAGAUUUCUACAAGUGAAAGUGAUCAGGAUUCGAUUCAGCCACCCGUAGUUGCCGAGUGGCACGAGAUUGAGAACGAGCUACCCGAAGAACCAAAUUUAGACGCAGAGUGGGUGGACCUUGAGGAGGAGCCACCAAAUUUUAAUUUUUUGGUAAAUGAUGUCGGAUUAAAGUUUCAAGGGCAGAUAACCAUGGAAUAUUUAGUAAAUUUAUUUUUUUCUGAUGAAUUUGUACGCUAUUUAGUACAACAAACAAAUUUAUACGCAACACAGAAGAUCGCAGAAAAUCCGUUGACGAGGUCCUCCAGAUUGACCAGAUGGGUCGACACAACCCCAAAUGAAUUGCGACUUUUUUUCGGUCUCCUUUUACAUAUGGGUCCAUGUAGUUUUCCGUCUAUUGAGCAUUAUUGGUCUCAAAAUAUCAUGUACAAGAUGCCCUUUUGGGGUCAGGUUAUGAGUAGAAAUCGUUUCCAGUUACUGUUGCGUUUUUUGCAUUUUGCUGACAACACGGAAGCAACAGAAGAUCGAUUAUAUAAAAUUAGACCAGUCCUCGAUCAUUUCAAUAAAAUAAUGGAAGAUCACUAUGUUCCAGAUAAAAAUGUGUGCAUUGAUGAAUCAAUGAUCUUAUGGCGUGGCAGGCUGUUUUUUAGACAAUAUAUUAAAAAUAAGAAGCAUAAGUACGGGAUAAAAUUGUAUGAACUAUGCGAAUCUGCUGGCAUGGUUCUAAAAAUAAAAGUAUACUGCGGAAAAUCAGAACCUACCGAAAAUGAUCUGGGGCAUGCUGCAAGUGUGGUUCUUCACUUGAUGGAGAAAUAUUUAGAUAAGGGUUAUAUUCUCUAUACUGAUAAUUUUUAUAAUUCAGUUGGCCUAACAAACAACAUGACAGCGAGAAAAACAUAUAUUUGUGGCACCUUACGCAGCAACCGAAAAGGAAAUCCAAAGUAUGUUGUUUCAAAAAAACUAAAGAAAGGCGAGUGUAUAUGGCAAAGACGCAAAUCGGUAGUUGUUUGCAAGUGGAAAGACAAACGGGAAGUAUUAACGAUUUCAAAUUUGCACAAGGUACAAAUGGUCCAAGUACGCAACAAAAACGGAAAAGUUUCCAUGAAGCCAAAUAUUAUAAAGGACUACAAUGCGGGAAUGUCAGGUAUCGAUCAGUCCGAUCAAAUGCUUAGUUACUACAGUGCGUUAAGAAAAACUAUUAGAUGGCCGAAGAAGAUUGCACUGCAUAUUCUCGAAUUAUAUAUACAUAACACAUACUUGCUUUUCCGUAAAUCGACUGGAAGCAAGAUAAAAUCCCUGAAAUUUAGAGAGAUGUUUGUUUCUACUCUCCUAGGUGAUAAAAUGCCUACAUAUAACAGAGUACAGAGGGGAGAUUUUCACUACUUGGAAGCUAUACCACCAACAGAGAAAAAGCAACGACCUACAAGGGCUUGCCGGGUAUGUACUUCAAAAAAAGUUCGACGAGAAACACGCUAUUUCUGUCCUGCGUGCGAUGAAAAUCCAGCUCUAUGUGUUGAAAACUGCUUCAAGGACUAUCACCUAAACUGA